UUCUAUUCUUUGGAUCCUGUGUAUGAUGUAAUGUCUGACCCGUAAAUAGAAAAUAAACCAGUAAUACAUAGAAAGUACGCUACUGGUACGUACAGAGUAGGUGUGGUGACACCUGGUUGACUUACGAAGCGUUACGUGUCAGUAUAUAAACAGAAAAUCGGUGUAUCAGUUCAUACAACAAAAUCUGGAGGCCAACAAAGACAGAUUUUCCAUUUUUCCCGAGAUAAAUAAAGUUAAGGCAAUAGCAAAAUGGCAGCUAUUCUUCCUUUUUCCGGAAGCAAUACGACCAAAAAGGUCUUGGAACGGUAUUUAGACAUUCCACAACCAUGUGACAUUGUCCAGGUAGAAUAUAUAUGGAUCGACGGAACGGGGGUCGGCCUCAGGAGCAAGUGUAAAACCAUGGACUUCGAACCCAUGAACCCUAAAGAUUGUCCGGUGUGGAACUUUGACGGGUCCAGUACUGGUCAGUCUGAAGGGUGUAACUCGGACAUGUACCUACAUCCUGUAGCCUUGUUCCCUGAUCCCUUCCGAAGGGGGCAGAACAAGCUGUGUUUAUGUGACGUUUACAAGUACGACAAUACGCCCGCUGAGACAAACCAUCGCCAUACGUGUUACGAUGCAAUGGAGAAGACCAAGUCGGACAAACCAUGGUUUGGUAUAGAACAAGAGUAUAUUUUACUGGACAAUGAUGGACAUCCCUACGGCUGGCCGAAAAAUGGCUUCCCUGGACCUCAGGGUCCUUACUAUUGCGGAGUGGGAGCCAACAAAGUAUACGGGAGGGAUAUCGUUGAGGCUCAUUACCGCGCAUGUCUGUACGCCGGAAUCAAAAUCGCUGGCUGUAACGCCGAGGUGAUGCCCGGGCAGUGGGAGUACCAGGUGGGACCAUGCGAAGGAAUUGAGAUGGGGGAUCACCUGUGGAUCGCACGUUAUAUCAUGGACCGUGUCGCCGAAGACUUCGGUGUCAUCGUUACCCUUGACCCUAAACCUAUCACCGGAAACUGGAACGGUUCCGGUGCUCACUGUAACUACAGUACAUUGGCGAUGAGGGAGAAGGACGGACUCCGACACAUAGAGGAAGCGAUCACAAAGCUAGAAAAGAGACACAUGACUCACAUAAAAGGAUACGAUCCUACGGAAGGUGCCGACAAUUCCCGAAGGUUAACGGGACUACACGAAACAGCUCAUAUAAAUGACUUUUCGGCAGGUGUCGCCAAUAGAGGCGCAAGUAUCCGGAUCCCCCGCCAGGUGGCAGGAGACAAGCAAGGGUACCUGGAGGAUCGGCGUCCAUCGUCAAACUGUGACCCUUACCGGGUAACGGAACUCAUGGUCAGAACUACAAUUCUAGACGAGAGCGACUAAACCAAAGUCACGGGUUUAAAAUGUUACAAAAACUUUUAUAUUGAACAAAUCUCCUGGGAGGCUUCAUUUUAGGAUGUGCUUCGUCCGUAAUUCUUCACUCUAGUACAAACAGUAUACCAACAUUUCUUAGAAAGCGAAGGGAAACUCCAGGAGGCACCGAGCAGGGAACAAUAUAAUUUUAACUACCAUUACCUAUUUCUAUAUAUAUGACUGUAUCUCAUGUAAGGUAACAGUUUUGUUAACAACAAAACAGAACUAUGAUUUAUGUAUCAAUGUAUUGUAUUAUUUAUAUUAUUUAUAUUUAAAAUGUACAUGCAAUUUUAUACAGGAAGAAGUCUCUAGGACUUUAUUAUUAUUAUAUUUUUUAAUAACUAGUACAAUGUCAUCUUCAUAAAAUAGAUGCAGUGAGUUUGUCAGUGAGCUCACUUCUCCAUAAAUCAUACCAACUUACCUACAAUAAAUCUCGUCUGUUGUUCUACAAUAUACACCAAUAAUCUGUGUCUUUUUGGCACAUGUUCUAUUUUUGUUAUAAUUUUCUACUUUAUGUACGAAUUUAAAAUAUAUUUUACAGGUUACUAAAUAAGUAUUUAGAUAACAAAAUAGCAAUGUAAACACUUAUCGCCAGUAAAUAUAUAUUAUUUUCAGAAUCCUACACA